AUGUUGGUUUCCUCACGCUCCCGCCUCCCUCGCAUCACCUCUGUCCCGGCUUGCGUUGUGAUUUUCUUCUUUGGCUUUCACGUCCGUCAGCUGGGCUGCGCCCGGUUCAGAGUCCUGCGACCCGACCACCCCAUCGUUGCCGUUAUGGGAGAAGACGUCAUGCUGCCCUGCCACCUCUCCCCCAGGCUGAACGCCGAGAACAUGGAGGUGAGGUGGUUUCAGACCCACUUCUCCGUCUAUGUCCACCUCUACCACAGCGGGCAGGACCACUACUCCUCCCAGAUGCCCGAAUACCAGGAGAGGACAGAGUUUUUAAAAGAGGGCAUCUCUGUUGGGAACACUUCCUUGAGGAUCCUCAGGACCAGGCUGAGCGAUGAGGGAUGGUACCAGCGUCUCAUCAAAGAUGGGGAUUUUUACGAAGAAGCCACGCUGGAGCUGAACGUAGUGGUUUCAGGUUCCAGCCCCCUCCUCUCCGUGGAGGAUUACCAAGACGGGAGAAUCCGAGUGGGAUGUCGAGCAUCUGGCUGGUACCCGAAGCCUGAGAUGCUGUGGAGAGAUUUCCAGGGCCAGCAGCUCCCGUCCUUCACCGAAUCCAGCUCCCAAGACCAGGACGGCUUCUUUGAAGUGGAGAAGUCCAUCGUCAUUCAAAGAAAUGCAAAACAAAAUGUGUCCUGUUCCGUCAGGAACACACGGCUUCAGGAGAAGGACUUGACCGUUUCUAUAUCAGACCCCAUUUUCCCAAAGGACUCUCCCUGGAUGGCAGCUUUGUUCGCGACCCUGGCUGUCUGCUUACCUUCCCUGGUCUUCCUUUAACCCACAUGACCUUCUCUGUUCUUUCUUACAGCCCAACACGCCAUAGAACUUGAGAAACGCAAUGCCGAAAUCCGGGAUCGUGACAUGGCAAUACAUAAGUAGAAACACGCUGCAGAACUGCAGUACAUCACGCUGAAUGAGGACACGGCGUACCCCUACCUCAUCCUCUCAGCGGGUGGGAAGAGCGUACGGCGUGGAAACACGCAGCAAUCCAUGCCGGAUAACCCCGAGAGAUACGCCAGCUACGCCUGUGUCCUGGGCCAGGAGAGAUUUGUCUCGGGGAGACACUUCUGGGAGGUGGAUGUGGGGAUGGAGGAAGGAGGGGUCUGGGCAAUGGGGGUGGCUAAAGAGUCUGUGAAGAGGAAGGGUCCGAUCGACCCAGGUCCUCAAGAUGGGAUCUUGGCUCUUUUCCACUCCGGGGACAGGUACUGGGCUUUGACCUCCCCAACCCACACAGCUCUCACCCUCACCCAGACGCCUCAGAGGAUCAGGGUUUACCUGGACUUCCAGGGACAGGAGGUAGCCUUCUUCAACGCUGACAACCAACACUUGCUCUUCACCUUCCCGCUGGCCCCGUUGAGUGGGGAGAGGAUCCGUCCCUGGUUCCACGUGGGGCUGAUGGCCCAACUCCACCUGAAGGAACCUCCUUCGCCUCCGCGUGUCCCCAGCGCAGAGGAGCCUCUUCUCCCUUCUUGCUUCCCCCUGCAGAUCCUCCCGGCCCGUGCCCGACAGACAGAUGUGACCAAGAUGGGCAAAAUCCACGCUGCUGUCCACAAGCAAACACCGUCGAUGCCCAAGACUCUCUGGGUCGCAUCGUGCCGCCGCAGCGUCCCAAGACUCUUCCAGUGA